GGUGUUUCCUGAGCAGACGCAGCCAUUGAAGCAUUGGCAAGAUGGCGAAGACUUACGAUUACUUAUUCAAGCUGCUACUUAUAGGAGAUUCAGGAGUAGGCAAAACUUGUGUAUUGUUUCGAUUCUCUGAAGACGCCUUUAAUACCACGUUUAUUUCAACUAUAGGUAUAGAUUUCAAGAUUCGAACAAUAGAACUAGAUGGAAAGAAAAUCAAGCUACAAAUCUGGGAUACAGCUGGUCAAGAGCGAUUUAGGACCAUCACGACUGCAUAUUACAGAGGUGCCAUGGGAAUUAUGUUAGUCUACGAUAUCACAAAUGAAAAAUCAUUUGAAAACAUAAGAAAUUGGAUUCGGAAUAUUGAAGAGCACGCUUCUAAAGACGUUGAGAAAAUGAUUUUAGGUAACAAAUGUGAUAUGAAUGAUCGACGACAGGUAUCUAAGGAAAGAGGAGAACAGCUUGCAAUUGAACAUGGCAUAAAAUUCAUGGAAACCAGUGCUAAAGCCAGUAUCAAUGUAGAGGAUGCCUUCUUUACUUUGGCUAGAGAUAUUAAAGCAAAAAUGGACCGUAAAAUGGAGGCUUCUAGUCCACAAAACCGAGGGGGUAGUUACCAAUUAACACGAAAGGAUCAAACACCGAAGAAAUCAUUCUGGAGGUGUAAACUGCUUUGAUUUCCUCUUUCCCCCAUUCUUUUUUACCCGAUUCCCUUUCGCCACAGCCGCCUUUUUUUUUUUUUAAUCAUACAGAAAACAACCAGCCGCAGCAACUUUGACUCCAUCUUCAACUCCACCAUCACUAAUAAAUACCAAUAUUAUGGCAAUCAGGCACCACGCCAGUGUAAUAGCAACAUUUUCUUUAUUAAAUUUUUGUUACUAUUAUCAUAAGAAACCUUUAAUAAUUGCUGUGUAUAUAUAUAUAUAUAUAUAUAUAUAUAUAUAUAUAUGUGUGUAUAUGUAUGUACUAUAAUGGAAGUUAUAGAUAUAUUUUUUCUGUGGUUAAAAAAAUUACUAUGUACUCAAUAUAUUUCUCCGUGUGGUCUUCAUUUCUCAACAUUAACACAAUGUUUCUAAUCAUAAAGUUACAUUCUAAUUAGGUUUGUUUUGUUGGAAGAGCUGGUUUCAUGAUGUGGCAAUUAAGCAAGAUUAACAGAUUCUCUAGCUAUUACUUGUGGCAGUUAGCAGAAAUUCCUUAUAUCAUGCAUUGGUUUCAGAUUAAUAUAGAGGGAUUCAAGAAUCAAUAUUCUUAACUUAAUUCUCUUGUAUGUUCCCAAAACACAGUUUUUGAAUGAAUACACAUAAUUUGAAUAAAUAUUCAGGCAGAAAAAAACCAUUUAAAAAGCAAUGAUAUUUUGAUUCAGCAUUUCUUCUGCUCAAGUAAAUUUAAUCCUGUUGCCAAAAUUAAAUGUUAUUCUAAAUGAUUGUGACAUGUAAAUAAACAUAUUUUUUGAAUAAAAUGUCAUAAAUGAAAUUUAUAAACCCUGGAAUACUUUGAGUCUCAAAAGGAUUUAAUGUUGAAACACAAUUCAAAGUAAAUUAUGUCUUCAGUGAUAACCAUGACUUGGACAGUAAUUGCUAAUCUGCUAGAAGCAACAGCAUUGGUGUUUUCUUUAUUAGUGGUUUAAAAUGUUUAUUUUAUAACAUUUCUUUCUUCAGCCAUGGAAAUGAAAUUCUUGAAAAUUGCCUGUGAUGAGGAAUUUCAACUUUCCUUAUUUUUGUACUUAUAUUCAUUGUUGCUCAUUCCUUGGAUAACUUCUAUAUCAAAUUUUUCUUUUUUUACUUAUAACGACCACAUUUAAUAUUCCAAAAACGAAAUAGAUGUUUUAUAUAUAUACAUAUAUAUAAACUAUUUUGCUUCAACAUUGUGUUAUAGACCCUGAAUUUUAGCCCAUUUCUAAUGGCUGCUAGUUUCUGCUCUAGUUAAUUGACAAGUCAUAAUUUUUGUCCCUGAUUUCAUUAAGUUUUGGCAGGGCAUUAUAUUUGUUGGAUUUUGAAAUUUCCUUUUUCAAAAUUAAAUAAAGUAAAACACAGCAUUUAUAUAUUCUUUAGCUAUGCAAUUUUGCAUGUUUUGUUGGCUAUCAAGUUGGCUAUUAGCUACUGCUGAUUCUCUGGUAUUUAGUUGCUGUGUACAUUUUUAUAAUUCACUCUUGCAACAAACCAGCAAUCAAUUCCAUCCACUAUUUCAUUUCAUUGACAUUUUGGUAAAAAUGUAAAUGUGUGGAUUUUCUCUUGUAUAAAAUAAGUGAGCGAAUAUUUUUAAUGAUAGCAUGGACAUGGUAAAUGAGAGCGACUAAAUUGCUUCUUUAUUUAGUCAAAGCAGAUAGUCAACUUAAAGCUUAAGUUGCAGAACAUUAUGUAGAUCAUAGUAUAUUUGUUAAAAUUAUCAUUCUGGUUAAUUUGGAAAUUUGUAUCUUCUGUUACUGUCUCAUAUGGUAAUGUAUUCUUGCCAAAGGCUUGCAUUGAAUGUGAAUGAUUAGAUUCUCCCUAUUACUGCAAUCAUUUAAAGUUCAUUAAUUGCAAUGCUAAAUCAAAGUAAUAACUUUUCUUACUUGUACAAAUAUUUCUUGGUUCAUUUUAGAAGCUUGAAGCUAAUCAUUUUUUAGAAAUUGCAUCUAUUUUCUAGGUCUUCCUUCAUUAGUUUGAAAUAUUUGAAAACAAACUUUUUCCAAUCCUAUGUUGUCAAGAUUUUUUUUUGUAAUGCCAUUGACACAUUUUUGUUUUUGUCUUUGGAAUUUUUAAAAACUUUUUUCAGUUCCUUUAUAAAAUGUAAACUGGCAAAUAUUUAAACAAUUUGAUAUUCAUUAUCAAUAGUACUGUUAAUAUUUAUUUAUCUAUUACAUUUCUAUUAUGUUUGUAUAAAACAUUUGUUACACACUCCAGUGUCCAAAGUUUAAACUUUUAUAGUACUCUAAGCAUUAAUUACAGUUAGGUUUUACAGUAAAAGAAAUGAAACCUGUUUUGUGUAUAAAUACACUUUGUAGCAAGGCUUCUCCGACUUCAAAAUGUUAUUACGUCACUUAGAUGUAGUUUCUGCUUCAGUUACACAUGCUGUAAUAUCCAGUGUAAUAUAAAAAAACUUAUUUGAUCAUUAACUACAAAAUUAUCCUCAAAUGUUAUUUACAGUAAAGGCAUUUUCUGCUUAAAAACUUUUGUAUUUUUUAAAAUAUGCAUAUAUUCUGCAUUGUGUAACCAAUUGCAUUGGCAAGAGACCUCAUGUAUAAUAUAAUAUAUGUAUAUUUACACAUAACAAUAAAAAAAAAAGUUCAUUAAUUCAAUAAUUGUUAAAAUUUUGUGGAUAAAAACAGUAAAAAUUAAGAUUUUGUGAACAGCAUUCAUUGUAAUCAUACACAGGGAAAAAAAAGUAGAAAAAACUGAAUCAAAUGGUGGGGAAAAUAGUGCCUUGUAUAAAGUGAGGAUCAAAAACGUACCUUCUAUACUAAGUGCACUAUUGUAUCCUGAAAUUAUAUCCAAAACUUUAAUACUUUAAUUUUGCUGAGGUUGACUUAGCCUUUUCGUCUCGGAAAAGGCAAUUGUAGUUAAAAAAAAAUAAAUUUCAUAGGUGUUUAUUGGCGAAAAAAUUCUAAGGAUGGUUACUAAUCUACCUAAUGGUUGUUAUUCUUUGAGACAUUGGUCUACUCAGUUGAAAUGGAAAUAUAUAUUCCAAACAGAGCAAGGCAAUACAUUUUUCUUGUUUAUUUAUAAAUAAACAUUUCUUUUUAUUUAUUUGACUAAAUUAUUGUAUUAAUUUUGCUCUACCUAGCUACUUCACUGCUUCUUCAUUUUUUUUUUUUCAAUUGCUUUUAUACUUAGUUGUUACAUAUUCACUCUAUAUCAUGUUCUAAUAAAAAAAUAAUUUAGAUGCUUGCCACUUUUAACUGAAAACAACUUUUGUCAGCCUCUUGAUCUAUUGAAUCAUUUCUGUUUAACUAAGACUUUGAGAUUUAUAGGUAUUAAUAUUUAUAAUAAAUGAAUAUGAAUAAAA